AUGGAGAGUCAGGAGAGUCUAGGUUUAACACCGUGGGACAAGGCUGGGUUCAGGGAUAACUACAUCAACGCUAUCGAACUGUACGUCCCCGCCAAGUCCGAGGCCUUGGCGUUCCUGGACGGAGGCGGAGCAAAACCGGAGAGACAGGCACUGGUGACCGUGCACGCUGGCGGGAAGACACCGCCGGUCGUGGAGGAGUACGUGGUCGGGCCACUGCCUAACCCUGCCCGCCACGAACCGUACUCCAACCCCGCUAGGAGGAGCCCCAUCCCGUGGACCAGCCGGGCUAUCGACCCAAAAGAAUACGCUUUGAUUAUGCCUAUCAUUGAAAAUACCACAGCUAGGGUGUACGAUAUCCUAAAGGAAAGCUAUGGCUACACUUACCGCAACUGCUCGGCGCGUUGUCUGGUUGCCUUGGAUUCGGUUCCCAAGGGGUACAGAAGUGGGAAGAGGAGGUCGUGGAUCUCGUUUCGCCGCGCAGGAGUAGGUGGCGUCACGUAUUUUAUAGGCUUCAUGAUGCAGGUCACUCACGAGAGUGCUGACCCCAAUGAGUGGCAUGUCUCCAGAGUCUUCUAUAACAACCAGUACUUUGACUCAGUAGAACAACUCAUUACCGGGUACGCGGACGGUUCUGUUGAAAAGGACACGCCUGACGCCGAUGUACAAGAGGACGACAUUCUGUAUCCUACCUUCAUCCGGAGGGGAAAGCCGCAGCCAGCUUCUCCUAGCCGGGGCCCGACGCUGACCGAACCGGGCGGCAGACGGUACGCUGUGCGGGGGAGACACGUGGAGUACAUGGGCUGGAGUUUCGACUGGCGUUUGACUACAACACAAGCCAUGCAGCUGUAUGACGUCAGGAUGAACGGGGAGCGCAUCGCGUACGAACUGAGCUCACAAGAUGCGACGUCUUUUUACUCCGGAGGCAACCCCGCAAUGCUCAACAACCUCUUUCUCGACUCCUAUUGGGAUUUUGCCAAAAGCUUUGAACUUGUACGUGGCAUAGAUUGUCCAGAAACGGCGACGUUUUUCAACACACUUCAGCAAAGAAGCACCAAGGAACCGAGACUGAUCCAGAACUCCGUCUGUGUGUUCGAACUGAAUGCUGGGAUACCACUCCGUCGCCAUUUUGAUUCUGACUUUGCAGGUGGCUUCAACUUCUACGGCGGCAUGGCUGAUCACGUGUUGGUAUUACGUCAUAUCAACACCGUCGACAACUAUGACUACGUCUACGAUUAUAUUUUCCACCAAAAUGGCGUCAUCGAAGUCCGGGUCGGCUUGACUGGAUAUAUUCUAACGUCACAAGACAGGACCCCGUACGGUUACCCGUUAUAUGGGGGUAUCAUUGGAAAUGUUCACCAGCACUCUUUCAACUACAAGGUGGACCUCGACAUUCUUGGAACACAGAAUAGGUUCGAAACCGUGGAAAUCCUGUUGGAGAACAUCACCAACCCUGUGCGGCCGGAACUGCGCCACAUCCAGACCCGCAUCCAGCGGAACCUCAGAACUACCGAGAAGGAAGCCGCCGUGCAGUACGACUUCAACCGGCCCAAGUACUACAACUUCUACAGCGAAGAACAGAAAAACCGGUUCGGCGUGAAUCGUGGUUACCGUGUCCAGCUGAACGGCAUCGCGAAGACACUGCUGCCCCGGCAGGACUGGGCAGCGAUGCGGGGAGUGGCCUGGCAGGACUACCAGCUGGUCGUGACUCAGAGGAAAGACUCGGAACCCUCCAGCUCCUCCAUCUACAACCAGAACGACCUGUACGACCCCGUAGUCGACUUCCAGUCCUUCAUCGAUGAUGAUGAGAGCAUCGUUGACGAGGACCUGGUUGCCUGGGUGACGCUCUCCACGCACCACAUUCCUCACUCCGAGGACUUCCCGACCACGGCUACUGCGGGGACACAGAUGCAGUUCUUCCUGCGCCCCUUCAACUACUACGACGAGGAUCCUUCGGUGGGAUCGUCUAACGCCGUUCUCAAGGUGUUCGGAAUUACCGACCGGACCGGUAAUUCCGCGGUCCGGAUCGGACCGGUAAUUCCGAACACCCCCGUUCUCAUCACCCCGGGAGAGAAGUCUGGGUCCGUGCGGGUGGAACGGUUCGGUACCCCGACAGGUCCUGCCUGUGUGUCCGAGCAGAGUCCGUUCCACUACAACGGGACGUGGCGAGGGGCCAAUUGA